AUGUCCAACAGAAGGCGUUCUACUCCGUCGCAUGUUUGGUGACGUUUUAACCUCGACGCCAGUCUCAGGGGCUGCGGCCUAGCAAAUUUUAAUUCGUAUAAUAUUUUUUGAACAAAUGUACAAUUUCUUGUACCCGUUUUGAGCGGGGUCACGACCUUAUGAGGCCUUGUUUUAGGGUAGAUGGUGGGAGAGCAGCAUAGCUGAUAGCUGGCUAGCUAACUCUGUAGCUAUCUAAUAACAAGGAACUCGAGUCGAGGAAACUAGGCUUGAAGAAUAAAAAUUGAAAAAUGACAUCUCGGAGGUGGUUCCACCCAAACAUCACGGGCGUGGAGGCGGAGAACCUGCUCCUGACCCGCGGCGUGGACGGCAGCUUCCUGGCCCGACCCAGCAAGAGCAACCCGGGGGACUUCACGCUGUCCGUCAGGCGGAAUGGAGCGGUCACCCACAUUAAGAUCCAGAACACGGGCGACUACUACGACCUGUACGGGGGGGAGAAGUUCGCCACGCUGGCUGAGCUGGUGCAGUACUACAUGGAACACCACGGCCAGCUGAAGGAGAAGAACGGCGACGUCAUCGAGCUGAAGUACCCGCUGAACUGUGCCGACCCCACGUCCGAGAGGUGGUUCCACGGGCACCUGUCGGGCCGCGAGGCGGAGAAGCUGCUGACGGAGAAGGGGAAGAACGGGAGCUUCCUGGUGCGGGAGAGCCAGAGCCACCCGGGCGACUUCGUGCUCUCCGUGCGCACCGGCGACGACAAGACCGACAGCAGCGACAGCAAGCCCAAGGUCACCCACGUCAUGAUCCGCUGCCAGCACGACCUGAAGUACGAUGUGGGCGGGGGGGAGAAGUUCGACUCCCUCACUGACCUGGUGGAGCAUUAUAAGAAGAACCCCAUGGUGGAAACACUGGGGACGGUCUUGCAACUUAAACAGCCGCUGAACACUACGCGCAUCAACGCAGCGGAGAUCGAGAGCCGGGUGCGCGAGCUGAGCAAGCUGGCGGAGGCCACCGACAAGGUCAAGCAGGGCUUCUGGGAGGAGUUUGAGACGCUGCAGCAGCAGGAGUGCAAGCUCCUCUACAGCCGCAAGGAGGGCCAGCGCGCCGAGAACAAGAACAAGAACCGCUACAAGAACAUCCUGCCCUUCGACCACACCCGCGUAGUGCUUAACGACGGGGACCCCAACGAGCCCGGAUCCGACUACAUCAACGCCAAUAUCAUCAUGGUAGGAGCUGACUUCACGCCGGAGGCGGAGCCUAAGUGCAACAGCGCCAAGCUGAGGAAGAGCUACAUCGCCACGCAGGGCUGCCUGCAGAACACCAUCAGCGACUUCUGGAGGAUGGUCUUCCAGGAGAACUCCCGCGUCAUCGUCAUGACCACCAAGGAGGUGGAGCGGGGAAAGAGCAAAUGUGUGAAGUACUGGCCGGACAUGUCGGCGCUGAAGGAGUACGGCGCCAUGCGCGUGCGUAACGUCAAGGAGACGUCCGCUCACGACUACAUCCUGCGGGAGCUCAAGCUGUCCAAAGUGGGCCAGGGCAGCACGGAGCGCACGGUCUGGCAGUACCACUUCCGCGCCUGGCCGGACCACGGCGUGCCCGCCGACCCCGGCGGCGUGCUGGACUUCCUGGAGGAGGUCAACCUGAAGCAGGAGAGCAUCCUGGAGGCGGGGCCCAUCGUGGUCCACUGCAGUGCCGGGAUUGGUCGAACGGGGACGUUUAUCGUGAUUGACAUCCUUAUCGAUGUGAUCAGAGAGAAAGGUUUGUUCGCCAAAUUCUUAAGGACACCUCCAGCUCAUCUGUCGUCCAGCAAAGCCUCUUUUUGUAAUCUGUAUAUGCGGUUUACAAUGUGUGCUCGCAGAAUAAAAUUAUAAUUUGAAAUCUGCAGU